ACCGAGUGUGUGUUCCGGGUUGAUUCGUGUUGUGUACAACGGCAUCUCGCAGUCUCAACACGACAGAUCGACGUGAACCGCGAGCGAGACCGUUGCAUUCGUCAAUGUGAGUUCCACGCGUGUCACCCGGCGAUAAUCCUCAGUGUAAAACCGCUACUUCGCUCUGUGAAAAAAAAAGAGAGUAUUAGAAAGAGGGAAAUAGACGUAACACGAUUUACGGAUCGAUCGGCGAUGAACUAUACAGUGAUAACAGAAAUAAACAUGACGCUCACUUAUCUGUUUGUAUUUUUCCUCGCUUUAACAACAAUCAAUGCACAGUGCUCAGACAGACGCGCCUCUUGCAUUAACAUUCGCAAUUGUCCGCCCGUCAUAGCGAUCCUCCAACGUCCAAGACCACUUUCGGCAGAAACGUUGCAGACCCUCAGGAAUUUACAAUGUGGCUUCCAGGGCAACGACCCGAUGGUUUGCUGCCUGAACGCGGAACCGACGACGACGACGACGACAACAGCGACGGUGACAACAGCGACGAUGACAGAUUCUGCGACUCCUUCUCCACCGGAUGUAAUGAAUCAUCCGAAUCUACGUCUCUUGGAUUCAGGGUGCGGACCCAUCACCCAACCGAGGGUGUUCGGCGGUAACAAAACCGGAGUCUUCGAGUUUCCAUGGAUGGCGCUAAUAGCGUACGACACCGGAAGGCUGAAUCCGGAAUUCCGAUGCGGCGGCACGAUCAUCUCCUCAAAAUACAUCCUCACCGCCGCCCACUGUGUCACAUUGCUUCCGUCAACUCUCAGACUGAUAGGCGUCAGGGUGGGAGAUCAUGACAUAAGUAAGGAGCGCGACUGCGACAGGGAUGAGAGUGGACUCGAGCUCGAAUGUGCUGAGAGGUAUCAGGAUUUCGGCGUGGAGAGUGUUCACUAUCAUCCGGACUACACAACAUCAAAGCUGCAAAAUGAUAUUGCAAUCAUCAGACUGAAUUCCUCCGUGGACUUCAGACCUCUGAAUGUUAAAUCCAUUUGUCUACCUUAUGGCACCGCUGCAAAGUUAAAUCAAAAAAGGGCGAUAGUAACUGGCUGGGGCGCGACAGAGUUUGGUCCGCGUAGUCAGGACCUCCUGCAGGCAAAAUUGCCGUUGGUGCCGCACGAGCAGUGCAAGGACGUGUACAAACGGACCACGGAGAUUUGGCACAAGCAACUGUGUGCCGGCGGUUUAAAUAACAUUGACUCGUGUCUGGGUGAUAGUGGCGGGCCUCUGCAAGCGCCCGGUAUCUACAACGGCCGGGCAGUGCGCACCGUUCAAUACGGCGUGGUCAGUUAUGGAUUGAAACAGUGCGGCACUGAGGGCUAUCCUGGAGUCUACACCAAGGUCGCCUACUACAUGGACUGGAUUCUCGACACAAUGACCGACUAGAACGCCGACUUUUUGUGUCUUCCAUUACACUUCCGAUUGGUCGUACUUAACGUGCAAUUACGUGCUGUAACAAGAAUGAAAAUAUGAACUUUGCAUUUUAUAAAGACGAGUGAAAUGGACGUGGCUUCAAUUUUUAAGGAAGCAGACGAUUUAACGUCUGGGAAAGUUAAGUCGACGCCUCCAUGUCGACGAUUAUUUUUUAAUUAAUAAAACUAGUUAUUUUUAUUAUA